CAAAAAUCUAUGAUAAUACCAAUACCCGAGGUAAUACCAUUAAUUACAAUUUUGUAGAAUUUUUUAUAAAAAUACGAGUAAUCACUGUUAUUGUGUUCAAUACAAAUAUAAAUAAAAUAUUUAUAAUUCUUGAUUAUUUAUUGGGUGUAGAAAAAAUAGCGUAUGCAACUCUCAUGUAAUGGUUAUUACAUGAUCGUUGUAUGUAACAUACUGAUAUUAAUACGCCAUAUUAAUCAGACAAAUAGCCUCUUUCAAAUAUAGAUGUAAAAAAAGGAGUUAUAAUUUAAAAAAAAAACACCUUCUGUAUUUUUUUCUAAAUUGGUACUUUCACUAUAAAAUUUGAAUUUAUUUUUUUAGUAUUAUUGAUAUUUCAAAAAUUACACUUAUCCACACAUUUGAGCCACCCUAUAUAAUUUUGAUUUCAACAACAGUUAUUAAUUAUACCCAUUUAAAUGACAUAUAUACAUUUACAUUCUCUCAACACUUAUUAAAAAUUUUAUAGUUCCAAUACAAAUAUAAUUAAACAACAAAAAUACAAAAAAUAUAAAAUAUUAAAAAUAUACAUUAACUUUCCUUAAUACCUAAAAAUUAUCACAUACAUUUAUUUAUAUAUAUAUAUUUAUACUUUUUGCUUGAUUAUCAUCAACACUCAUGAUAUACGUAAGGGUUAAUUAAUCAAAAUUAAUUCAUUUUGAUAAGUACUCGUUUUAAAAAUUAAAAAUUCGAACUAGAUUCAUUUUUUUAAAGAUUCAAACAACGUACUCUCUAAAAAUCACCGUGAUUGCUAUCAAUAAAACAAUCACAGAUCCAGUAAAUAAUGAAAUUAUCUAGUUAUGUGAAGUUAAUCCCCGAAAUUUCGAAAAAUUUUAGUUUCAAAAUUGAUUUUUAUCGACCAGCCAGUACCGUUUUUUGUACCACCUUUAGAAACGUCAAUAUUUAAGAAUAAAAGCAGAUUACCCGCUGGUUCGCAUAGUUUAUAUUUUUCAAAACUGCAUCUAUUAGAGUUUUUUUUUGACAUCUUAAAAUAAUUUCAAGAAGUCUAAUCAACAAGUCCAAAAGCGUGUUUUUGGGAGAUACUAUUACGAAAAUUAUGUUGAAUAGCUCAUUCGAUUCGAUCAAUGUGUGAAGAAAAAUUUUGCAGUGAAUAAAAAAUUGCAAAAGUUAUAAUAAUCGAAUUAAAUUACGGGUUUUGAGCUUACAUUAAAUUGUAAUUAGAUGAAACAAAAUGGAUUCUAUGUAUUUUGAGGUGAUCUUUUCGAAAAAAGGCAUAACAAAAUGUAGCAGUUUUUCGAAAGUGCCGAAAUUUUGGAUUUUGUCAAUUUUUCAAUUUUGCGCAGGCGCAUGUCGGAAAUAAAUCAAUAUUUUUAAAACGCAGUUUACGACAUUUGAAAGAUUAGGAAAAAUGAUAAUUUUUAUGUCUCCUGAGAAAUUUUGAUCCGAUGCACCGUUCUCGCGGUAUGGACGAUUUAAAUUUGUUUAGUAUUUUGAGGCGACAAAGGUCGAAAAAUUGAAUUUGUUAAAUGUUCAAACACUAAAUUCUUCAUAACAUUGGUAAAAAUUAAGAUAUUUGAAAAAACAAAAAUGCGUUUUGAACUUAAGGGAUGUGACUAGUGAUUCCCAGAAGGGAGCAAGAGAAAUCCCAAAAUUGGGCAUAUGGCGGAAGGGCAAAGUGUACCGCGGUCCUAAUUUCAUUGUUUGCCUACAACGGCCAAACUAUUUGAAUUUUUUUAAUUCCACUUACAAAGCUUACUCUUAAAUGUGAAAUCUUAUGUGUGUGUGUGUGUGUUAAUUUCACCGACAUCGGACCAUAAUUAGCUAAGAUAUCAAACAAUUAAAUAAAUUUUUUUCCUUAAAAAAAAAACAAUUUUUUUUUUCGAAAGUUUGAAGUGGCACAAAAAUGACAAAAAUGCACCCAAUGGCUCAAAACUUUUUUUUUUGAGAACUCUAUUGUGUCUAAAAUACGAUUAAAGUUCCUUGGUUUAUUCGGUCAAUAGUUUUUAUUUUUUAUAAUUUAAGCAUAUAAAUAUUCGUUUUCGAAAAUAUGAGAAGUAGCGAUCUUUUAAUGUUCCACAAUCCACUGUACGUGACAAAAUAAAGAUAAAUAUAAAUACGAAAGGAAAACUGGGAAGGAAACCAGUUUUUAAUGAAAAACAGGAAACCGCCAUAGCCAACCAUGUUAUAAAAUUGGCGAGUAUGUGUUUUGAAAUUACAUCAGUAGAACUGCGGCGUUUAGCAAAUAAAAUAAAACAUCGUUUCGACCAAGACAAAAUGUCCAGUCAAGAUUGGCUAGAACUAUUUAUAAGGUGUCACCUUAACAUUAAUCUUCGAAAACCAUAAUGUACCAACCAAAGCCGUAUUUCAGCAUUUAACCUUUUACGGAAAAUUCUGCAAAUAUAUUUUAUCUAUUUUUUUGACCGCUGUUCAUUGAGUGACGACCAAAAAACACGGUUUUUGAGAAAAGUUGCCUAAAAUUGACAAUUUUUAGUUUUUUGGUCUGAAAAUUAGGCAAACCCAAAUUUCAUGUCUUCUAAAUGUGUAUACAAAGUUUAAAGUGUGUAUCUUUCUUCUAAGUUGUAGAAUUCUCCCGACAAAAGUCCCAUUACACGCGCUCCGCGGGAUCCAAAACUCGUGUAUACACUACAUUACUGUAAUUUGAUUUUUUUGCGAUUUCCAGUUUUAAAUUUCUUACAUAUCUAAAUUUAUUAGGCUUAAUAUUUAUUAAAUUAUAUUUUACUGACUUGUUAUAAGACGUUUCUUGAGUUUUGUGCAAAAUAUAGAAUUACCGCCAAAUUAGCCUCACGUCGCAUCAAGGAUAGUAAUGGUCUCGGCGUUCGCUAUCUGACAAGUUUAAACUUCAAACGGUCAUAUUUUUACAAAUUGAAUCGCUUGAUAGUGUUCAUCGGCAUAGAUUUUUAAUAACCGCGUUCAGCAAGCUCUGUGUACACGUGGUUAUUCAGACUUCUUCAGCAAUUUAUUGAGUAAGUACGUUCCUAAAAUAAGAAAAUUCUAUCACAGUGCUAUAAUUUUUUGUUUCUAGGUUGCAAUGGCUGGCCUGUGUUUAUUAUGUCAUCAGACACUUGCAGAGGGUGAACUAUUGCAGAUUUGCAAUGCGACCUAUGACAUUCGAAAUAUAACCGAAAACUACGCAUUUUUUGUGCUUAGAAAAUUGCUCGUAAAACGAGUGGUUUUUUCUUAAAUCAACAUUUUCCCUUUUUUUUUGAGAAAAAACAAGCACACUGUCGAUUUUUUCCGUAAUUUGGGCACUUUACAGACUGAAAAUAUAUUAGAAUCAGUAAGUUUAAUGAGAAACAAGCUUACUUUCUCUCCCAAUUGCCAGAAAAUUCGAGUAGCUUCAAUUCUCGCGAGAAUUACCGAUCUUUGCACAAGUGCGCUCAGAAAACAGUGGAUGCUAGAUAAAAUGUAUAUGCCACAGUUUUUCGUGUCUUUUUUUUUCUCUAUCAUCUGACGGAAACAGUUUUCUAUUCAGAUAAUUAGUUUUCGAGUUAAUUAAGAAAAAAGUACGAGAAAUUAAGGUAACUAGAAAAUACGUAUUUUUGUCAUGCAUAUAUAUCUUCUCCCAUUUCAAGUUUUCUUGUAAAUAACUAAAAACCAGAUAUUAGAGAACAAAAAGCAAGCUUAUCACCAAGUUGGAACUUACACUCAGGCUUAGGAUUAAUUUCCUAAAAUUUUUAAAGUAUACCUUUUUGUGUAUUUUUUGUGCUCUUUUCGAUGGCGAAGUUAGUUUUUUCAAAUAUAUUUUUUUUUGUUAGAUGUUUUCGGAAAACCCGGAAAAAAUCAUAUGCGAAAAAAAUUAAAAAGAAAAACUACGCCUUCCGGUUUCCUGCGAAUUCCCGAAAAAUUAUGGCAGAUUUCGCCGCGGGACUUAUUUUAUUUGAGAGCCAACAAAAAAAUACGCAACUUCUCUCAUGGGCACAUAUGUCUAACAUUUAUAAUUUCGCCACAAAUUCAUCGCAAAUUUCAUGUCCAUGGUUCUGAUAAAAAAAAAACGAAAAAACGACUUUUUGGUAAAAGCACUUCUGGCGGCGAGAAAUUCGCCAUUAAAACUACCUGUACAAUGAAUUUCCGAACUAUUUUUGCCUCCUCUUACGAAUGGUGCAUUUAUUUUCACUAUCGGAAUGAUACUUGCCCAGAUAAUUAGCAUUUUUACAAUGGAAAAUUCCUGAAAACCCGGUUUUUCCAAAUUUAAAAACUGCUACAUCUUUUUUUUCUUUUUUUCGGAAAUAUCACAUCAAAAUACACAAGGUCCUUUUUGUUUCAUCCAAUUACAAAUUAAUGUAAGCUCGAAGGGGCUUUUUUCGUUAUUUAAUUGGACUAUAAACAAUUAAACACCUCAAAAACAUGGUGUUUGGUUUUUCGCCUAUAGUUUGUAAAACAGAAAAGUCAGAGUGGUGCUAUAAAAAUUUUUUUUUUCAUAUUGAUCAUUUUUUCAAAGUUGAAAUUCAUCCUAAAAUUCUUGUUUUCCUAUAACUUAAUAAUCUAAAUUAUUUUUAGAGGUGGUUAACGUUUAUUUUUAUAUUAGCUUUGUCAGUUUUUAUACUAACGAUUGUAGACAAGAAAAUAUUUCGAAAACCACAACGCAGGGCCACGUAACUAACAUCUCGUUCAAAAUAUUUCUCUCCAAUUACUGUAUAGGGAAAGUACAAUUUUUGAACAAAACAUGGGUACAAAAAUUAGUCCUAUUAUAAAGUGAAUUGUUCUAAGCACUUGUCAAUCUUUUAAUUUUGCGACUUACGAGGUCCUGCAUUGCUUAUACAUAAAACGAUCAGGACUGUUCGAAUUUAUAAAUUGUAACAUUAUGAUGAUUAAUUUCAUUGCUUAUUGGAUCUGCGAAAUUCUGACCUUAUUCUAAAAUAUAUAAAUCAUGAAUUUCAUUAUUUAACACUGGUUUUGAUUUUUGUCCUAGAACAAAUUUGCAUUGGGAAGUAACGUAAAAUACAAAAUGGAUUUAUUUAUGUAAAUUUUCUAUUGAUUAAACGAUUUGAUAUUAUUCGUAAAUUCUAAUAAUAUAGACCAGGGUCGGUAAUUUUUGGAACCAAAAAAAUAAUAGUAGGAUGAAACCCAUUGGAAAAGGAAGAGAAUAUAACAAAAAUGAUGGGGGUGAGUUUUUAAGGGUAAAAAACGGUUUAUCUCGAUUUCCGCAAAAACUACAAGUCCUAUGGAAAAAAGUGUUAGGUAAUAAAAAGAUUUACCAGUUUUCCAUUUACACUUUUUUCACAUAACCUCAAAAUUUAUGUGAAAAAUUCAAAUAACCAAGUUUUUGGUUUUUAUUUUUAUCUUUUACAAAAAAAAAUCACCAAACAUUUUGUACUAAUUUGACGUCGACACUACCUAAAAUAUAUAUAAUGUUCAAUAAUUCCGUCGAAUGUAACCACUUGGUUGAGUUCUUCUGUGUACGACUCUGAAUUAUUUUUUGAAAAUUAUGUAGUAUUUCGUUCUGACAGAAAUUUUAAUAUUACCAAUACUACUAAAGGGGGAGGUGUGUUAAUUGCUAAAGAAAGAAUACAAUGCCUUAAGACUAGAUCUUUCUGAACUGACUACUUCUACUCCUUCUAUUGCCGUACUUGGUUUAACAAUUUCAGUCUCGAAUAGCAAUCGGUAUGUUAUAUUACUUUAUAUUCCUCCUUCUACUAGUAAUGAUAUAUACGAUGUCUUUUAUGAUAUUUUGUGUAAUUAUGAAUGGUGCAACAAUAAUGAAGAACUGUUAAUAUUAGGGGAUUUUAAUAUACCACAUUAUCAUUCUAGUCGUAAUGACAUUACUUUGAAAAAUGCUAGUAUAGUUGCACUUGAUAAUUUUACCGAAUUAUUAGCUUUAAGACAAUAUAAUAAUACUCUUAAUUUUAAUAACCGUUUACUCGAUUUAAUCUUUAGUAGAUCUGACAUCGCUGUAAAUCGUUCACUUAAUCCAUUAGUUGACGAAGAUAUUUUACAUCCUUCAUUAGAAUUUCGGCUGUCUUUUUCUCAAAUAAAUACCAGUUUUGCUAUGUCUAGUAAAUUAUCUUAUAAUUUCAAAAAGGCAAAUCUUCCUCAACUCUACCAGAGUAUCUGUAGAAUUAAUUGGAGUAGUUUGAAUGCAUGCGCAACUUCUGAGGAGACUUGUGAUUUGUUUUAUUCUAUCUUAAAUUCCGUAAUUGCCGCUAAUGUAUCAUAAGAAAAGGUAAAGCCACCCCUAACCUCCCAAUAAAAGGUAUGUCUAAGAAACAAAAGCUGACAAAAACCUCUACAAAAACCAACACUAAGACCAAAGAAAGUAUACCACCCAUAGUUAUUGAUGGAAGUACAGAUAAUCAUAGCAACCUGACAAAAGACCUAAAAGAAAUCGUUAAGGAUAAGUACUCCAUCAAGUGCACUAACUCAGCCACAGUAAUAUUUACUGAAAACAACGAAGAUUACCAGGCCCUGUUAAACAAUAUCAAGGAAGCCGAGAUUCCACAUCAUACUUAUGUACACUAGUAAGGCCGAUAAGACAUAUGCCUUUGUUUUAAGGGGGAUGGCUAAAGGUACAAACAUAAAUGACAUAGAGGACGAUCUCAGAGACACAUAUGAGAUAGAGGCUAAAGAAACUUUUCUAAGGACUACUAAAUACGGACCACUAUAUUUAAUCGUAACCGAUCCCGCAAUAACCCUUAACAAAAAUGUCAGGGUUAUUGAAAACACACGAGUCACGUGGGAGCUACGAAGGGCAGUGAAAGCAAUCAUAAAACGCCACAGAUGCCAGGCGUGGGGGCACGCAACAACAAAUUGCGGUCGCCCACUCAAAUGCUCAAAAUGUGCAGGUAACCACCUCACGAACACAUGUGCAAAAACUAGAGAAACCCCCGCCACGUGUGCCAACUGCCGCGGAGAACACCCGGCUAAUUACACUAAAUGCGAGGCCUAUCUAGAAAGAGUUGCAAGGUUAGAAGAGAGAAGACAAGCACAUAAACCUAAAGUUAAAUAUGUUCAAACACUCCCUCCAGCCAGAAACGCAUGGGACAAGAACCGAAACCCCACAAGCAGAGAGCUCCGAGACUUCCCACCCCUCCCAAAUAAUAAUAAAGAUAAUCCUAACCCCCAAAUCAGAAGAAAUAAUGAAGAUUACAACCCACAACCAGGAAGAAUGGAAGAUUUCCUCGCCCUUAACAACGAAUUCCAGGAACUUAAUUCGAUGGUAAAUAUAGCCGCCCUUACCCGAGCCGUCCGUUACCUCAAUUCCUCCCUCCGUAAAUGUACCUCUACCCCACAAUAUUUUAUGACAUUUAACAAUUUCAUGACCAACUUUGACUCCUACAACAUACGCAACUAAGUCCGACAAUAACAAUAGAGACAAACUCAAAAUUUGUUUUUUCAAUGUGCACGGGCUGCUGAACAAGAUCGGGCUUGUCAGCAAUUUCAUUCAUAAGCAUAAUUUCGACAUUAUUAUACUCACAGAGACCUUUUUAACACAGACAAAAUAAAAAUAUUUAACUAUUACAGAGAAGACAGAAACAUACCUAACCUCAAAAAUGCAUCUGGGACCCCCCAGCUAUCAUUAUUAAAAUAAAUACAAUUUAAAGAAAUCCCCAAAAUUAAUAUCGCAGAAAGAUUAAAAACAUGCAAUAAUAGAGGUUAGAGAUCUGCACAGGUUAAUGUCGAAAGGUAACAGGGUUUUUCUUGCAGGGGAUCUUAAUGCCAAACAUCAGGAAUGGGACUUUCAUUGUGCGUACUACAACGCAAGCGGUAGAGUUUUGAAAAACUUCGCCGAGGACAAUGACCUUAUUAUACACUACACAGAAGAACCGACAUACUUCCGGACAAACCCUAGAUACAGUCCCAGUACACUGGAUAUUGCAGUCACUAAAAACAUCCCUGAUAUAAGAAAUAUGAGAACGAUAACCUCACUUAACUCUGAUCACGAUCCAGUGUACCUGGAGAUUUGGACAACAAACAAAAUACAAAGACAAAAGACACAAUAUUACGACUACAAAUCGACAAACUGGACACAAUACAGAGAAAAACUUAACACAUACAUAACAAUUGCCACCCGAAAUCACCGACUUAUUAAAUAACAAAAACAGACUAAGGAAAAGGUGGCAGACACACCGGUUAAACGAUGAUAGGGUUAUAAUGCAAAAUCUCGCGAACACCAUCAAUGAGAUGAUAAGAACUCACAGAAACAAAAAAUGGCAAACUACCCUAUCAGAGUUGAAGCCGGAGGACAACUCCCUGUGGAAAGUAGUGAAGAGGUAUAAAAAAACCUUAUUCGCUGCUCCCCACAUUGAGACGAGGACAAGAAUCACUAGCGACAGACGAAGACAAAGGUCAAGCCCUAGGUGAAUUCUUUCAAUCUCAAUUUGUCAAUAAUCAGCCGAACAACCCUCAACAACAACGCAUUGAAAAUAUAGUAACCGCUUUUGGACAAUUAGAACUACUUUUAGUGCCCCAUUCUUGCCUUACCACUCCUAGAGAGGUAUGCGAGGUAAUUAAGUAUCUCAAAAAUAGAAAAGCUCCGGGACCGGACGAUAUUAGCAACAUACUGCUUAAAAACCUCAGUAGAAAAGGUAUCGUGCAGAUUUACCACAUAAUAAAUGCCAUUUUCAGACUGCAACACUAUCCCAGUAGUCUGGAAGUGGCAAAUAUUAUCUCAAUUCUGAAAUCGGGAAAACCGAAAAAUAAUAUUAAUAGUUACCGCCCCAUCUCACUACUUAACACACUAGCGAGAAUAACGGACACUAUACUAUUACGACGACUUAAGACAUUGGAACAAAGUUUACAAAUUAUCCCAAGGGAACAAUACGGUUUCAGAGAUUGGCACAGCACCGUGGCCCAGGUUCUGAGAAUCGUUCACCAUGUCAAAGAGGCAUUUAAUCAGGACCUGCAAACGGUGCUGGUGGCGCUUGGAUCAGAAAAAGCCUUUGAUAUCGUUUGGACCCAAGGGUUAAUAUACAAAAUUCUUCUGAAUGACUUUCUUGGGCACAUUGUCAAAAUAAUUUUAUCAUACUUAACGGAUAGAAAAUUCAACAUUAAAAUAAACUCGACAAUAACUGGACCUUUCCUAGCAAGGGCGGUUGUACCACAGGGCUCAGUACUAUCGCCACAUUUGUACACCAUUAUGACUUAUGAUUUACCAAUGGGACAUAAUGGGGUACAAACGGCGCAGUACGCCGACGAUAUAUGUGUCUUCACAAGUCACAAAUCGGCCCAAACAGCGAGUAGCAGGCUGGAUAAUCAUAUCAACGGAACAAUAAUGAAUUAUCUAGCAGAAAAUAAAAUGAAAAUCAACUCAACCAAUAUUGAAAUAUCUUGAUUUUCUGCUGGAUAAGAUAUUAUUGUUUAAGGCACACAUUAAAGACAGGGUAGGUAAAAUUCGGGUAUUCUGAGAUAUAUGUACCCUUUAAUGAAUAGACGAAGCAAACUAUCCUUGUCGAACAAAAUUCUACUUUAUAAAACCAUAUUUAGGCCUAUACUGAAGUAUGGUUGUCCA